CAAACAUCCAUAUAGAUAUAUCAUGCAGAUUUAAUUAAUUAAGUCAUUCAACAGAUUGCCAACUAAAGAUAAUCUAGUGAAGAGAGGUGUAGCAUUGGACUCAAAUAAAAUGAUGUGUGUCCUUUGUGGGUGCCAAGAGAAAAAUUCUGCCCAUUUGUUUGUAAAAUGUAGGAAGGCUAAUGAAAUCUGGAUGCAGUUUGGUUGGUGGGACAUCAUAGCUGUUUGUCCUGGAGGUCUGGAGCGUUUGUGCAUGAAUUUUGCCCUUUGGUGCAGUGAUCCUAAGCUGCAGUACUCCUAGCCACCCUUUGAUCAAUUUGGCUUACGAGAAAUGAAAUUUUAUUUAAAAAUGGGAUGUGGGAUGGUAGCAGAAUCUUUGAGAUGGUGCAAGUGAGAUCAUAUGCCUGGCUUAGAUGAAAAACUCCAGCAUUAUCUUCUGACUUGGUUAGUUAGUGCCAGUUUCCAACCUUAUGUGCAGAGCAAAUUUCAAGAAAGUGUUGUGCUAGUGAAAAUUGUGAAUUUAGAGGUUCAUGUUUGCCAUUGAUCUCAGUUAUGUUGAAGCGAGUAUGGUGUUGUAUACCCAAUGAAGUACUGCUGGUACUCCCCUAUAAUAAAACUUAAUUUCACCGAUAAAAAAAUAAUUAAGUUAUUAAGAAGAAGAAGAAGAAGAAGAAGAAGAAGAAUGUUGAAGUGAGUAUGAUGUUGUAUACCCAAUGAAAUACCGCUGGUACUCCCCUAUAAUAAAACGUAAUUUCACCGAUAAAAAAAGACGAAGAAGAAGAAGAAUGUUGAAGUGAGUAUGGUGUUGUAUACCCAAUGAAGUACCGCUGGUACUCCUCUAUAAUAAAUCUUAAUUUCACCA